AUGCAGGCGCGAAGACAACUAAUCACAUCAACGCAGCGUAUGGCUGCUAGUGUCCGGGCUCGAUCAGCCCGGCCACUUACACGAGUACUCGCAACACAACCUUUAAGACCAACUCCCCUACGCUUGAUACCAAGUCUUGCCGUCAGGACAUAUGCCAAUGGCAGACCUCAUCCCCCAGGCGGUACUCACCGCAUGAAUAUGGGUGGUGAGGAGGAGAAGCCUGCUCUGGAACAAUUUGGUAUCGACCUUACUGCCCGGGCCAAGGAUGGUAAGCUGGAUCCUGUUAUUGGAAGAGAUGCCGAGAUUCAGCGAACAAUCCAAAUUCUGUCACGACGUACCAAGAAUAACCCAGUUCUCAUCGGUAAUGCGGGAACUGGAAAGACAGCAAUUCUUGAGGGUCUCGCUCUUCGUAUUGUUCGUGGCGACGUCCCCGAGAGUGUCAAGAACAAGAGGGUCAUCAGUCUUGAUCUUGGCUCCCUGAUCGCCGGUGCCAAGUUCAGAGGAGACUUCGAAGAAAGACUGAAGAAGGUCUUGACAGAGGUCGAACAGGCUGAGGGAGAAGUUAUUCUAUUCAUCGAUGAACUGCACACCCUCCUUGGCCUCGGAAAGGCUGAAGGCUCCAUCGAUGCCUCGAAUCUCUUGAAGCCUGCUUUGGCCCGUGGCGAACUUCAGUGCUGUGGUGCAACAACCCUUAACGAGUAUCGUCAGAUUGAAAAAGAUGUUGCCCUGGCACGACGAUUCCAACCUAUCAUUGUCAGCGAACCAUCCGUGGAGGACACAAUAAGUAUUCUCAGAGGAAUUAAAGACAAGUACGAAGUCCACCAUGGUGUCCGCAUUACAGACGGCGCAUUGGUGGCUGCCGCAACUCUGUCUAACCGCUACAUCACCGACCGAUUCUUACCAGACAAAGCUAUUGACCUCAUGGACGAGGCAGCCAGUCAUCUCAAACUGCAGCACGAGUCCAAGCCUGAAGACAUCAUGCGUCUUGACCACAAGAUCAUGACCAUUCAGAUUGAGCUUGAGAGUUUGAGGAAGGAGUCUGAUGUGGCAAGCAAGGAGCGCCGAGAGAAGCUCGAAAAUGACCUCAAGAAAUUGAACGAGGAAAUUUCUGGGCUCAACGCGCGCUGGGAGAAGGAGCGUGCUGAGAUCGAGUCGGUCAAGAAGAUCCAAGAGGAUCUCGACAAGGCCAAGUUUGCACUUGAGCAGGCCCAGAGAGAAGGAAACUUUGGGCGUGCCUCUGAACUCAGAUUUGGUGUGAUUCCCGACCUUGAACAGAAGUUGCCCAAGGAGGGAGAGGCCCAAGAGUCAACCUCCAGCGAGACUCUUAUCCAUGAUUCCGUCAGCCCAGACGACAUCGCCAAUGUCGUGUCCCGUAUCACCGGCAUCCCCGUGACAAAGCUCACCUCAGGCCACAUCGAGAAGCUGGUCCACAUGGAGGACUCACUUAGCCAGGCAGUCAAGGGACAAGAUGAAGCCAUCAAGGCUGUGUCAGAUGCAGUUCGUCUCCAGCGAGCUGGUCUGAGCGGUGAGAACAAACCCUUGGCUUCCUUCUUCUUCCUAGGCCCUACCGGUGUGGGUAAAACAGAGCUUUGUAAGAAGCUUGCUGGGUUCUUGUUUUCAACAGAGUCUGCAGUCGUUCGCUUCGACAUGUCCGAAUUCCAGGAGAAGCACACAAUCUCUCGACUCAUUGGCGCGCCUUCUGGUUACGUUGGCUACGAAGACGCUGGCCAACUGACCGAGGCGGUUCGCCGCAAGCCUUACGCUGUCCUUCUCUUUGACGAGUUUGAGAAGGCACACCGUGAUAUCUCUGCCCUACUCCUCCAGGUUCUGGACGAGGGCUACCUCACAGAUGCUCAAGGCCACAAGGUCGAUUUCAAGAACACCAUCAUUGUUCUGACGUCCAACUUGGGUGCCGACAUCCUUGUUGGUCAGAACCACCUUCAUCCCUACAGCGAAACAGCUGACGGUGAGAUCGACCCAUCCGUCCGCAAGGCCGUCAUGGAUGUUGUCGCCUCAGCUUACCCACCCGAAUUCCUCAACCGAAUCGACUCCUUCAUCGUCUUCAAGCGCCUUGCCCGCAGUGCUCUUCGCGACAUCGUGGAUAUACGCCUCAAGGAACUCCAACAACGCCUCGACGACCGCCGCAUCGUGCUCGAUGUUCCCGGCGACGUUAGAGACUGGCUUGCGGAGCGUGGCUACGAUCCCAAAUUCGGUGCCCGUCCCUUGAACCGACUCAUCACAAACGAGAUCGGCAAUGGCCUUGCAGACAAGAUCAUCAAGGGCCAGCUGAAGAUGGGAGAGACGGCCGAGAUCAAGGUUCGCGAGGACAAGGAAGGCUUGGACAUUGCCAUCAAGUCCAAGGAGGCCUAA